UGCCUCCGUUCACUAAUACAGUCAGUUGACACGGCUUCCCCCUGCCCAAGAUGGCGGCCGCGUUGACGCAUCGUUCCAAUGGUUCCAAUGGACAGACACGGCGCAGGCGCCAACUACGUGUAUAUAUCUAUGCCAGAACUAUGCUAGCAUGCAUGCUAGUGUGUUACUUUUAUGAGCGCAUGCGCGUUUCCUGUGUGGCAUGCCUUGUCUUGAAAUGCUAACACCCUCUCUGUGAUGUAGCUACGUCACUUCGGUAGCUCGGUGUAGCGUCUCGUUGUUGUCCUCGUGUUAAAGGAGAGUUAUUCUAAAUUAUUUACAUUGAAAGUGAAACAAGUGACAGCUUCCGAUGGGUGUGUGUGAGAACAUGCGUGUUGCUGGGAAACGUGGCGUCGCCUCUGUCUGCAGUCAGUGUUUACAUCGCACUCUUCUGUAUUGAUUUUCACUUCUCGGCAUCUUACAUCAAGCAGCAGCAGCGAUGUUCACGGAGGAGAAUGAGGUGAAGGACGACUGCGGCUCCCGGGAGGAAUGGACGCUGCUCCUCUGGACCUCUUUGGCCGUCAUCAUUCCAGUCAUCAUCACGCUAUGGUGCAGCUUCCAGCGCUCCAAGCGUAAGACGCACAUGAGGGACUUUUUUCGCAAGAGCAAGCACGGCUGGCACUACACUGACCUGUUCAAUAAGCCCACCUACUGCUGCGUCUGCUCCCAGCACAUCCUGCAAGGGGCUUUCUGCGACUGCUGCGGGGUCUGUGCAGACGAGGAGUGCCUACACCGCGCAGAUAGGGACCUGCCGUGCAAGGAGAUCAUGGCUUCCUGCAGCCCUGACGGAGCCGUGGAGCACCGCUGGGUCCGUGGAAAUGUACCUCUGGCCAGUUACUGUGCCGUUUGUAAGCAGCAGUGUGGGACCCAGCCGAAGCUCUGCGACUUCAGGUGUGUGUGGUGUCAGACCACUGUCCAUGACGACUGCAUGGACAGCCUGGUGGAUGCAGAUGUGUGUAACAUGGGAGAGUUCCACAGCCUCAUCAUCCCUCCUCACUACCUCUACAGAGUCAACAAACUGCACCACAAACACCCUGAUGAAUACAGCAAGCUGGGGUCUUCCUGUGGCAGUGGCUGGACUCCAGUGUUGGUCCUGGCCAACACACGUAGCGGUAAUAACAUGGGCGAGGCUCUGCUGGGAGAAUUUCGCACUCUUCUUAACCCUGUUCAGGUGUUUGACCUUUCGGAGCUGACUCCCUCAAAAGCUCUCCAGCUGUGCACACUUCUUCCCCCUGGUAGCGUGCGGGUGCUGGUGUGUGGAGGCGACGGCACGGUGGGCUGGGUGCUUGAUGCCAUUGACUCAAUGAAGCUAAAGGGCCAAGACCAAUUUAUCCCGAGGGUGACCAUCCUGCCUCUGGGGACAGGAAAUGACCUCUCCAACAGCUUAGGCUGGGGAGCUGGGUAUGCUGGAGAGAUUCCCGUGGAACAGGUUCUCCGUAACAUCCUUGAUGCUGAAGUAGUGAAAAUGGACAGAUGGAAAGUGCAGGUAGCAUCAAAAGGUCUCUACUUUCGUAAACCAAAGGUUCUCUUUAUGAACAACUACUUCUCUGUGGGGCCGGAUGCCCUGAUGGCCCUCAACUUCCACACACACCGUGAGAAAACCCCCUCCUUCUUCUCCAGCCGUAUCAUCAACAAGGCAGUAUACUUCCUGUAUGGCACCAAAGACUGUUUAGUGCAGGAAUGUAAAGAUCUGGAUAAGAGGAUUGAGCUGGAGUUGGAUGGGGAGAGAGUGGUGCUGCCCAGUUUGGAGGGAAUCAUAGUUUGUAACAUCGGCUACUGGGGUGGAGGAUGUAGGCUCUGGGACGGCAUGGGGGAUGAACCAUGCCCCCCAACCCGGCUGGAUGAUGGUCUGUUGGAGGUGGUGGGUGUGUUUGGUUCCUUCCACUGUGCUCAGAUCCAGGUCAAGCUGGCCAAUCCCGUACGACUUGGACAAGCCCACACUGUCAGGCUGGUUCUGAAGAGCUCCAAGAUGCCCAUGCAGGUGGAUGGGGAGCCAUGGGCCCAAGGACCCUGCACCAUUACCAUCACCCAUAAAACCCAGGCACUCAUGCUAUACCACAGUGCAGAGCAGACGGAUGAUGACGACGACGAAUCCACUGCCUCUGAAAUGGAGAGCCCAACCCCUCAUGACUCACCAAGGCCCUUGGGGCCGGCCUCUGUUUAGGCAUGAACCUCCCCAAACAUUGUGUGAUCUGAAGCGCUUCUUAUCCUAUUUGUUUUCUCAGCACAGUUUCUAUUAAUCCCUUGUUUGCAUUAGGCAUACUUCUCCAAGGUAUUUUUACAGUCAGUCUGGUUGUUGAACUGUGUUAUAUAUUUUUUCUGUGUAAUGUCUUACCAUUCAGAGAGUUUGCGGUUUUUCUGUCUUUUAUAUCCACAGUUAUAUCCAAAAUUGUAACCUGGAGCUCAGUGGAGGAGGAGGUGGAUGUUUUGGAGAAAGGUUGCUGUGUAUUUGCACUGAUCUCUCGUACCAUAGAUGGUCCCUUGUCAAUUAUACUGUUUUUAGAAGUGAAUGCUCAGUGCAGCCCUGCAGUUGUCAGGGAGCCACAACUGGUUGCCCUCAAAAGCCAUGGGAGUCUAAUUCAAGAGCAGGUGAUAAAGUUCUUUGACAUGGAGAUGGUGGCAGAAGCCUGGAUGUUGCAUGCAUCAAGCGUUUGUCACCAGACCUGAGGCUUCAAAUGGCCUCUCAAUCUGACCCUGGACUGCAUUGUUGUUGACUUCAUAUUGGAGGCUGACUGGUUAAUUGUGCAAGGACAGCCCACUAAGUAUUGUUUAGAAGAUGUCUGUGAAGGUUAUCCAUUAUCCAGGUCAUGUUAAUCUAAAAGGCAUUUUAAAAAAGCAACUGGACUUGUAGAGUUUUCAGAAGGUGUUUCACCACUCAUCAGUAGCUUCUUCAGUCAUUCAGAGUUUUUUCAAACACCUUUGGGAUCGUUUAAAAAAUGUAUUUUUUACAUUUUAAAAACUUUAUUUCUCUUGUAAUUCGUCCUGUUUACAUGUUUUAUGUUGCACUGUUUUGACACUCAUGGAAACCUGACACAGUAGAGGACUGUGAUGUUGACCUUUCAUGUAUUUGCUGAUAGUAAUAACUGCUGUUGAGAUAAAACAUGUUCCCUGUUAUUUUUCUAGCAGUCCUCUUGGAUUUCAUCGUUUAUGUUUUGCCCAACAGUCACCACAAAUUGGCAGCAUACGAGUAUUUAUGUGAUUUAAAAGUGGACUCAAAGUUCACAGUUACAUAUUUGUGCACCUGUCUCUGUCCUGCUGAUCCCUUGUAUUCUGCAUAAAGUGUGGAGAAGGACAUCCAUAGCCUACAUAUAAGUAAAAUGUUUGAAGUGGUGUUUAAAGCGGAAUGUCUGGUGCUCAGAGUCGUUCUGAAAAGUCUGUAGACACUUUUUUGCUUUAUGAACCUGAAGCUUGUUUUUUGCUAGUGAUCCUGAACAGGGAUCAGCUUUUAAUUGCCUGAUGCCUUUCGAAAUGUGAACCUCCUUGGCACGUGACCAAGCCUCAUUAUGUCAUCACCCUCUGUUUAGUGAAUGUCUUGUAGCUCAGGGACACCUGUUUGACUUUUUAUUUUGUUGUCCAUCAAACUUGUUUGUCCACUGUGUUGAACUGAACGCUUAGUUGUUUUAGCUGUGCUGGAAGAAUGGGUCUUGUUCAGGUAUAUGGGUAACUGUAGGAUGGAUUGUGAUGCAGUUUGGGUUCAAUUAUUAAUAAUUUUCCCCAGUCUUUGAAUAUUUAUUUCAUAUUUAAUGGGGGGGGGGUACUGCUUCAUGUCGACAUAAGUGAUGCAAUGAGUUAUGUGUCUGAAAAUGAGUAUGUGGAAGUAAAACUUAUCUCUGUCCCUUUAUCACUUAUUUAUAAAUAAAUAAA